AUGAAUCUUGCUGAUUAUAACCCACGUUAUCACUCUGUGCUUUCUGCCGGUAUUGCCCUUGGUUAUCAAGGAGAAUCAGUAGGUAAGGGUGAGUUAGAGUUAAAACGUUCUCAAGUUAAGGUAGAUAAUAUUGGAUUGAUAGAAGGUCCAAUAUUUAUGUCAUACAAGGUAAAGGGUCAACAAGAAUUAAUGAAAAUAACUGAACUGACCAACGAUAGAAUUGAAAGCACAUCUAUCAUGGCAAACAUGUAUUAUCAACCGCACAAUGGACGUUUUUCUUUUUCCCCAUACGUUGGAGUAGGACUUGGAGUUACGCAGACCAAAAUGUUUGAAGCGGGAUCAGUAGAUCCUGCAUAUCAACUAAAAGCAGGAUUCAGUCAUCACGUAAGUGAUAGUGUGAGUAUGCACCUUGGGUAUAGCUAUUUUGGCGUUAUUGGUAACAUGUUCAAAUUGUCUAACGUUAAGUCUAUGCUAUGCAAGAAGAAUCAGUGUAGUAAAAAUUUCAUAGAUAAUCUUACUAUACAUAGUGAUUUUUCUGGCAUGCAUGGAAUAGAAUUGAGUAUGACUAUUCACUUUGCAAAUAAGCAAUAA